GUGAUCUGUGGGUAUCUGUGAUUGCUGUUCGAUUUUGUGAUGUAAUGUGCAGUUCAUAGAGAAAUAUAAAAUAAAGUGUAAUUUAAAUUAGAUCCACAAGUUUACAAUAUCUUUAUUGUGAUCUUUAUUAAUUAAUGGAUUUUACAUGGGCCUUACCAUAUCCAGAAAUUCAUAAAAUAUGUGUUCUGUUUGAACGUUCUGAAUUGUCUAACCCAAAAAAAUGGUCUUAUAGUCCUUUACAGAGCCAUAAACAGGAAGGUCCCCAAUGUGGAUUAGUAGCCCUUGCUAUGUUGAUCAGAAACUCUAAUAACGAUAGUAUAAAUAUCAUAUAUCAAUACGCAAAAAAAGAGGGAUUCACCCUUAACGGAGAGAUAUUUAGUGUAAACUAUAUGAAGCAAUUGGCAGUAAAUUUUCUAAAAGAUAGAAAAAUUGAAGUAUAUUCUGGCCCUCUGAACAGUCACAAAAUAGAACAGUUCCUCUUUGAGGGUGGAGCUCUCUUAGUUCCAUAUGAUACUGAUAAAGAUAAUUCACCAGGACUCCACAACGGCCACAAAGCACAUUGGUGUGUGAUUUCAGGUGCCGUUCAGACAGAAAAUACCUUAUUUGUAUUAGCCAGGCAUGGAAAAUCCAAAAAUAUUGCAAUUUGGAAUAUUGAUAUUUUAUCACAAAGCAAUCAACAAUUGCAUGAAUUCUCUCCAGAUAGAAAACUGCAAAACAUCGAGUAUAUGCUGCCUGAAGGAGGUAUUUCAGGUCCACUGGGGCUAAAUGGAAGGAGUAUUUUAAUCCAUCCUAAAAAUGAUAUCUCUACUUUUUAAUAUACAUAAUUUUUUAACUUCUGUGAAUAUACAUGUUAAAUUGACCAUCAAAUUAAGUACCAUAUUUUUAUAUUUUUAAUAAAAAUACCGUAUUACAACUUAUUGA